AAAGGAGCGUAUCACCGCCUCGCCUUGUGUAGUAUCGCGACAACGCUGCCAGAUCUCGUCCUUGCAUUAUACUGUAGGAAACCCCGUUCGCUCUUCCUUUCUCAACAUGGCACCGAAGGUGAAGAAGGAAGUUGUCCCUGCCAAAACGGAGGCCAAGUCAAAGGCCCUGAAGGCAAAGAAGGCCGUGCUCAAAGGCGUACACAGCCAGAGGAAGAAGAAAAUCAGGACUUCUCCCACCUUCCGUCGCCCUAAAACCCUCCGUCUCCGCAGGCAGCCCAAGUACCCCCGCAAGAGUGCUCCUCGCAGGAACAAGCUGGACCACUACGCCAUCAUCAAGUUCCCCCUGACAACAGAGUCUGCCAUGAAAAAGAUCGAGGACAACAACACGCUUGUAUUCAUUGUGGACGUCAAGGCGAACAAGCAUCAGAUCAAGCACGCCGUCAAGAAGCUGUACGACAUCGACGUCGCCAAAGUCAACACGCUCAUCAGGCCUGAUGGUGAGAAGAAGGCCUACGUUCGACUUGCGCCAGAUUACGAUGCAUUGGAUGUUGCAAACAAGAUUGGCAUCAUCUAAACUGGCUGAAAUAUAUGUGGACGAAUAAAUAUUUGUAAAAAUUUA